AUGCUCCCACCUGAGGAACAAGAAAAACAAAAUGCUUGGUUUUACAGUGUUGAAGACCAUAAAACUGCUUUUGUGGAGGAGACAAAUAAAUGGCUGCUGGAGGCGCCAGAGGCACCAGCAGAGGGCGUUGUUGCACCAUGUUUAGGAUCUGCUGUUUUCGACGAUGAGGCAUGUAUAGGUAAACCUGUGGAAAAUGUAGAUGACGACGUUAGGCCAAGUGAUAGUGUGUCUAAUGUGUCAUUGAGGUCAAAGAGAUUCAGUACAGUAGUGAGUAAACCCAUGUCUACUACAUCAUCAGCCAGAAUAAGAGCUGAGGCUGAGACGGCUGCUCUUAUGGCUCGUCAAAAGCUGCUGAGCAAGAAGCAUGCCCUGGAGGAACAGCAGGAAGUGUUGAGGAGAAAGAAGGAGGUGCUGGAGAUGGAUAUGGAGCUGGCAGCGUCUAUGGCUAAAAUGAGUGUGUUUAAGGUUUCAGAAGGAUCUCGUGCGUCUCAUGUUUCUGUGGAAUUAGAUGGGAUGAACUCUUAUGUGGAAAGAGGGAAAAGCACACAGUUGAGCCAUGAAGCUGCAAUCUUUGUGCCUGAGUUUAAUACUCAACCAUUGGUGUCAGAGUUGGUAGAUGACGUUUCGUGUCCAAGUUAUGCUUCUGUGAGGUCCAAAACAUAUAACACAAGCCAGUUGCCUACUGCUGCGACCUCGGCCGGUCGGUUAACUUUGCCUACUUUGCCUGCUGCUGUGACUAGAGUUGAUCAGCACACUUUGCCAGAAGGUGUUUCUAAUCCACCCAUUACUCACCUUCAGUAUGGAGCUGCACCUGUAACCGUGAGUGAUUCCGAUCAGCGUUUUCUCACAGUUUUAGAAAGGCAAAAUCAAAUCACGUCUUUAUUGGUUGGACAACAGUCACUUUUUCUCUUGCCUAAGCGAGAUCUACAAGUUUUUGAUGGAGAUCCACUGCAGUAUCAAACUUUCAUAAGAGGAUUUGAACACAACAUUGAAGCGAGAACACAAAGUCAGACGGAUUGUUUGUAUUACCUCGAACAGUAUACGAGAGGUCAGCCCAGGGAUUUGAUCCGGAGUUGUCAACAUCUGCCUCCGUCCCAUGGUUAUAGUAAGGCAAAAUCACUACUUCAGGAGCAUUUUGGGGAUCCAUUUAAGGUAGCUUCUGCCUAUAUGGACAAGGUGCUUUCCUGGCCGAUGCUUAAGGCCGAAGAUGUCAAGGCUUUACGGGCCUACAGUUUAUUGUUGCGGGAAUGCUGCAACUCUAUGGGAGUUUCUGCAAGUGACCUGAACGUACCUACGAAUAUGCAAAUCAUUGUGAAAAAACUGCCUUAUAAGCUGAGGGAUUAUUGGAGAAGUGUGGCCUGCGAUAUUUAUGAGAAGUUUCAUCGUAGAGCUACGUUCUCAGAUAUUGUAGAGUUUGUUGAGAGGCAAGUCAAGAUGGCGAGUGACCCUCUUUUUGGAAAUAUACAAGAGACAUUUGCGAGUGGAAGAAAUGAAGUAAAAAUGGUUCGGUCUCAACCUAGUUCAAAGGUUAGAGGCAGUAGUUUUGCUACUACUGUAGCACCUGCUGAGAAUAAUAUGGAGCCUGGGUUUAAAAGGGAGAAGAACUCGCUAGCGAAGUUUUGUUUGUUUUGUGGGGCUGGGCAUUCGUUAGAUGCUUGUUUCAGUUUGGAUAAAAGAACACAAGAUGAGAAAAUUUCCUUUUUGAAGGAGAACCGUAUGUGUUUUGGAUGUCUGUGCGUCGGACACAUGAGUAAAGACUGCCGAAAACGUAUGACAUGUAAAGUAUGCAAUAAUAGGCAUCCCACGUUGUUGCAUAUCCACCCCACAGCAAAACCAACGAGUCCGACUCAGGCCAAUGGUGGCUUGAAUAUGGCCAGAGACGGUGCUGUGGUGUCUGUUCAGUCUAGUGGCUUGACUGGGGCCGGUAAGCAGGAUUGUACGCUCUCUAUCUUACCUGUUCAAGUGAAAUCUAAGAGGGGGCAAGAGACCGUGGUCACGUAUGCGUUUUUGGACCCAGGGAGUACCGCCUCGUUUUGUACAGAGCGACUCAUGACUCGACUCAAUCUUACAGGGAAGAAGUUGGGAAUUCUCCUUAGGACUAUGGGACAAGAGAAAGUGGUUGACAGUUACAAGUUGUCAGACUUGGAGGUCGCCGGGCUGGACUCGAACAACUUCUGUGGCCUGUCUGAGAUUUUUACUCAACAGAACAUGCCGGUUCAUCGAGGUAACAUUCCAAGCUCAAAGGACCUUCAAAGAUGGCCGCACCUAAGACACAUAAAGAUACCAGAGAUCAAUUCUGAUGUGGAUCUUCUGAUUGGCACUAACGUUCCUCAAGCUCUGGAACCGUGGGAGGUGGUUCGUGCAGAGAAUGGGGGCCCUUAUGCGAUUAAAACCAUCCUGGGUUGGACGGUGAAUGGCCCGCUUCAUGGAGAUUGUCAUAUCAAUGAACAAUGUUUGCAGCCUGACAUUACAGUUAAUCGGAUCUCAGUGGCGAGGCUUGAUGAGCUUUGGGAGAAGCAGCUGAAGGUGGAUUUCCCUGAAACUCUGCAGGAUGAACAACCUGGUCUGUCAGUGGAGGAUAAGCGCUUCAAUGAGUUGGUCUCAGAGUCUACUAAGCUCAUUGAUGGUCAUUAUAAUAUUGGUUUGCCGGUGAAGCAAAGACACUUAAAAAUGCCAAACAAUAAGACAGUGGCAGAACAGCGUGCAUUGAGUCUUAAAAGACGUUUGAAUAAGGAUCCAUCUUUUAGCAACGAUUACAUCGCAUUCAUGUCCAAGAUGUUGGUUAACGGCUAUGCAGAGAGAGUUCCAACCGAGCAGUCGACCCGUUGUGAUGGAAGGGUAUGGUAUAUACCUCAUCAUGGGGUGUAUCAUCCUAAGAAAAAAAAACUGCGGGUAGUCUUUGAUUGUGGAGUGACGUUUCAGGGGACAUCGUUGAACUCACAGCUUCUUCAGGGACCUGAUCUCACAAACUUGUUAGUGGGAGUGCUUACACGAUUCCGUAAAGAACCUGUAGUGCUCAUAGGAGAUAUUGAGGCCAUGUAUCAUCAGGUCCGAGUGCCGGCUGAAGACUCUGAUCUGUUAAGGUUCUUGUGGUGGCCUGAUGGAGAUUGCAGUCGGGAGCUGGUGGAGUAUAGAAUGACGGUACACCUGUUUGGUGCUACUUCCUCUCCUAGUUGUGCCUGUUUCGCCCUGAGGAAGUGUGCUGAAGACAAUCAAAGGUUCUUUAGUUCUAAUGCAGUUAACACGGUCUUGCAUCAUUUCUACGUUGAUGAUUGUUUGGUGUCCAUUGGCUCUGAAGAGGAAGCAGUCUUUCUACGUCGAGAGCUUAGUGCCUUGUGUGCGGAAGGUGGGUUUAAGCUCACAAAAUGGGUUAGCAACCGACGCACUGUUCUCGCUACUAUUCCUCAGGAUGAGCGCGCUAAGGAGGUGAAAGAUUUGGAUUUGAAUAGUGAUGCUCUGCCCAUAGAGUAUGUCUUGGGUGUACAGUGGUGUGUUCAAUCUGACUCAUUCAAGUUUAAAAUCACACUCAAAACUCAUCCACUCACAAGAAGAGGAAUCUUGAGAAGUUUGGGAUGGGACGAACCUUUGCCCUCUUCAGUGACUAAAGAAUGGACGGCUUGGCUGGAAGAGCUUCACGAGCUUGAAAGUUGGGAAGUUAGUAGAUGUUUAAAACCUUUGGACUUUGGUUUUCUUGUCUCUGCUCAACUUCAUCACUUUGCAGACGCAAGUGAGGAAGGGUUUGGGACUGUGACUUACCUGUUGCUCCAUGAUGAUAGAGGUCGAACCCACAGUGUAUUUAUAAUGGGAAAGGCACGAGUAGCUCCUUUAAAACUUGUCACCAUUCCCCGGAUGGAGCUGACUGCCGCGGUGAUGGCUAGCAGAAUGGACAAGUUGUGGAGGAAGGAGCUGCAAAUGGACCUUCAAGAGUCGGUUUUUUGGACGGACAGCACUUCUGUUCUGAAAUAUAUAAACAACGUGACGUCCAGAUUUAAAAUCUUCAUAUCAAACAGAGUGUCUGAAAUAUUGAAAAUAUCCAAUGCAUCCCAAUGGAGGUAUGUGAAUACGUUAACCAACCCUGCAGAUCUAGCCUCCAGAGGUGUUAAAGUUCAGUCAUUGCUAAAGACUGGUGCAUGGCUCUGUGGUCCUGAUUUCCUUCAUGAGCCUGAGAGUAGUUGGCCCCAAAAUCCUGAGACCUUGGAAAACACUCUGAUUGGAGACCCGGAGGUCAAGGCUGUGAUGGUGAAUGCGGCUCAGGUUGAGCAGGUCAGUCCAGUGGAGAAGCUCAUUGAUUACUUUUCCUCCUGGCUCCGUCUUAAAAGGGCUGUUGGUUGGCUUCUCAAGGUUAAGACCUUACUUUUGUCUCUGGUACGACAUCGAAAGCUGCUGAGAGGAAACCUUUCUGAAUUGGACCAAAGUUCUGAGCAGUUGGAAAAAGAGCUACAGGUCCAGAUGGAAGGAUUUAAGGCUCAAGUGCCAAAGGGUGUUCUGUCUAUGGAGGAUAUGGUUGUAGCGGAGUCAAGUAUUAUCUGUUUUUGUCAAAAAACAAUGUUUCCGGAGGAACUGGCCAAUUUGAAGAAAGGAGAGUGCGUAAGGAGGACGAGCCACCUCUACAAGCUCAACCCGAUCCUGGAUGGUGAUCUCAUUAGGGUUGGAGGACGGCUUAGUAGAGCAGCUAUGCCAGCUGAAGCAAAACAUCCAGUUAUACUGGCUAAAGAUAAACACAUCUCCAAUCUUAUUCUCCGUCAUGUACACCAAGUAACAGGCCAUGGUGGACGAAACCACAUGCUUUCUCAUCUGCGUCAGAAAUAUUGGAUUCCUGGUGCUUGUGCCGCCAUCAGAAAGGUUUUGGCUAAGUGUGUCAUCUGUCGUAGAUUGUCUGCUUCACCUGGACAUCAGAAAAUGGCUGACCUUCCUUACAACAGAAUAACUCCUGAUGAGCCUCCCUUCAGUCGAGUUGGUUUGGACUGUUUUGGACCAUUUGAAGUUAAACGUGGAAGAGCUGUGGUCAAGAGGUAUGGACUCAUUUUCACGUGCUUAGCGAUGCGAGCCAUACAUCUUGAAGUUCUGUCUUCUUUGGACACAGACUCCUUCAUUAAUGGUUUCAGAAGGUUUUUGGCGAGACGUGGUCAAGUCUUGGAAAUCCAUUCGGAUAAUGGCACUAACUUUGUGGGCGCUGAGCGUGAAUUGAGGAAUGCCAUUGAGAAUCUGAAUCAUAACCUCAUCAAUGACGUGCUGUUACAAAAGAAUGUGAAAUGGGUUUUUAAUCCCCCAACAGCAUCCCACCAUGGAGGUGCUUGGGAAAGGCUAAUUCGGUCAGUCCGUAAGGUGCUAAACUCUAUUUUGAAGACUCAGACACUGGAUGAAGAAGGCUUGGUGACAGUGUUCUGUGAGGCUGAAGCUAUUGUUAAUAGCCGCCCUUUAACCAAGGCAUCAACAGAUCCUCAAGACUUGGAGGCCUUGACUCCUAACCAUCUACUUCUGCUUAAGUCGCAAUCGCUGUUGCCACCAGGAUUGUUCGAGAAGGAGGAUGUUUAUGCUCGCCGUCGCUGGAAGCAAGUGCAGUAUAUGUCGGAUUUGUUCUGGAAGCGCUGGGUGAAGGAAUACCUUCCUGGACUUCAGGAGCGCCAAAAGUGGAAUACUGCCAAAAGAAACUUUGCCCCAGGGGAUCUCGUGGUGCUGGUGGACGAUAUGGCACCUCGCAAUGCUUGGAUUACAGGAAGAAUUGUGGAUACUGUUCCGGACAAAAAUGGACUGGUGCGAAGUGUACGGAUUAAAACUAAGACAACGUAUCUGACAAGGCCAAUAACCAAAGUCUGCCUUCUGCAGGAAGCAGAGGAGCAGUGA